AUGAUAAAAUCGAAUUCUAAUAAUGAUCGACUUUUUUUAAGUCGUAUGUCAGAAGCUUAUAAAUGUCGUUCAGGUGAUAAUGUAUUUCUUGAAUGUUAUGUUCGUUGUCAACGAAUUAAAUCUAUUGCAUGGUAUGCAAAAGGUGAACUUGUUGAUACAAGAGGUGUUCGUAUAUGGCAUCAAUAUGAACCGACAACAGGUCAAUGUAUACUUUAUUUACGUUCUGUAUUUAAAUGUGAUGAAGGUUCAUAUUUUUGUGAAGCAACAAGUAUAGAUAAUGUUGUUGAAACAUUAGAAAUUAAAUUAAAAAUUGAUAAUCAGGAUAAAUCUUGGACUAAAAUUCCGAUACUUUAUAUGGCUGGACAUGUCAUACCUGGUGGUGUGAAACAAUUACUGGCUACUUGCAAAACAUAA